AUGACAUGUGCUAAUAAUGGGCAUAUUAGAGCUUCGCUGAGGCGGACUAGUGAUAAUAAUCCAGCGAGAAACCUGUCUGUCCUAUAUGCAAAUGCAAGAAGUAUUGUAAACAAGACAACGAAACUAAGCUUAGAAAUAAAUGCAGAACAAUUCGACGUAGUAAUCCUAACUGAAACUCAUCUAGAUAACACGAUAAAAGACUCGGAAAUAUUUCCAAAUAAUUUCACGGUAUUUAGGAAAGAUCGCCAUCACCUUGGCCGCUCUGGAGGGGAGUUUUAAUUGCCGCUAAAAACACAUUUAAAAUUUAUCAUAGACAAGACAUAGUUUGCACAUCAGAGUUAUUGUUCGUGGAUAUUAUAUUAAAUUACAACAAAAGAUUAACAUUAGGUGUGUUUUAUAGACCGCCUAAUAAAGAUUUACAACUUCCCAGUGAACUACAGACGAUUCUCAAUGAUAUUACGACAGAUGAAAUUAUUAUUUUUGGGAGAUUUUAAUUUAGCUGACGUCGAUUGGAUAAAUAUUAAAUCACAAAAGGACACCCCAUUGCAUAAUCUCUUGAUAGAGAUUAUUCAUCAUAAUUUUCUGACGCAGAUGUUACAUCAACCGACAAGAAACAAAAAUAUUUCAGAUCUUAUUUUAACGACCUCAGUGGAUUAUGUACAAGAUGUGGAAGUUGGUGACCCUUUCUCGGACCAUAAUGAGAUAACGUUCAAAAAAUAUUGUAACACAUAAUACUAUGAGAAUAGGAAAUCAAGGAGACGGUUUUGCUCUUACAAGAGAGCAGAUUGGAACAAAUUGAAAGAGUUACUUUCUCUAACCCCUUGGGAACUUGCGUGGGAUGAUGGGGUUAUUAACAAUAAUUGGUUCGCGUGGAAAGAUCUUUUUUUGAUCGCCAUCGAUGAGUGCAUUCCAAAAGUAAACGCCAAGGAAAAGUACAAUCUUCCAUGAAUAAGUAGGGAAUUGGUCAAGUUGUGUAGAAAAAAGAAAACGGUUUUUAAAAGAGCGAAAAAUUACAAUUAUUACAAAAAAACUUAAUGUAUUGGUUAAAAGGAAUUUCAAUUCAGCGCGGCGAAAGUAUAUAACUGAUUUAUCAGAAGAAAUAACACAGAAUAACAGCAAGCCAUUUUGGCAGUAUGUAAAUUCAAAACGUAAAGGUACUAAUUACCUUGUUUUAUUAAAACUGGGGGGAAAUGAGAUCACCGAUGACACGGAUAUCGCAGAAUCUAUGAAUACAUAUUUCUCUUCUGUUUUUACAGAAGAAAACCUUGAAGAUUUUCGAACAAUGGCAAUGGACCGUGUUGUGCACGACGAGUUGAGCAAUGUUGACUGUGCAGAUGAUGAAAUCGAAAGUUAUUUAAAAAUUUUGGAAGCUAAUAAGUCUCCGGGGCCGGAUACAAUUUCACCUCGGUUCUAA